AUGAGCAAGUUAAACUAUGUAUUUAAGCCAUUAUUUAUUGAUACCUUUGAGUAUAAUUAUAUUGAUGGUAAGACUGAGAAAUCAUUCACAAUAAAAAAAAAACUGGAAACCAAAAAUGGAAAAGGAAAGAUGCAAUAAAGUGAACCACUUGCUCAAUUUAAGGUAUUUUGUCUUUGAAUAAAAAUAAAGAAUGAUACUAUCAAAUAAAGCAAUAAUAGAGCUUAAACCAGUAGAUGGUUAAGGUAAUCUUCUUUUGCAAAAAAUUCAACAAUAAAUUCCAAUACACCACUAAAUAAUGGUAUCAGAAAAAUAGAAAGUAGAAUGGAAGAUGAAAUUAUUAUAUCAAAUAGUAGGAAUACAUCUGAAAAAAGAAAUAUCAAUGUGCCAUAAUUAAAUUACGUUGACUUUAAUGUACAUAUAUUAUAAAACAAUAGUAAAAUAGAUUUCAUUAAUGAAUGGAGAAGGGAGCAUUUCAUUUUCUAAAGCUUUAAAAUUAAUAAAUAAAGAUAAUUUAUUAAUAAGAAAGAAAAAGAAGUCUGUUUAAAAUUCAAAAACUGUUUCAACAUAAGAAAAUGAAAUAACUUAAUAUGAACAAUUAGAGAAUUAGCAUCCUAAAGAAAUGAUGGAAAAAAUAGGGAAAAUGUUUGCUAUUAAUGAAAGAUAUUCACCUAUUAGAAAACAAAGUAGAGUUAGAGAGACUUUUACUAGAAAUUUAAAAUUUUUAGAUUAAUCAUUUUAAGAAUCUACGUCACCAGAUAAAAAAUUAAAAUCCGUCAUUCAAAUUUAUUUUGAUAAAAAAAAAGCAUAUUAAGAAGAAUAAAAUAAAUAAUAAGAAAUAACUAUUACAUAGUUAUCAGAAUAAACAAAAUCAAAUAAAAAUAAUAAUAGAAUGAGAAUAUCUACAACAUUCUUAAAAUAAUUUAUACAUUAAAUAGAAGAAGAAUCAAAAAAAAAAUAAACUAUAUCUUAAAAUAAUAUUUAAUAAUAAUCAUUUAAAUCAUCUUAAAUCAAAGAUAAAGUAAAAAAAAAAUAAAAUGCAAUAUUUAGUAUUCAAGUCAGAUUAAUAUUAAAAAAAUUAUUUAAUUAGAUUGUUAAUUGUGUUAGAAAAAUGAAAUUAAUGAAAUUAACAAUUAAAGAAAUAUUUCAAAAUGGAAUCAUCUAAAAGAAACCAUAUGAAAGAGAGGGUUCAUUCUAAUUUUUUGAAGGAAUAGAAGAUGAUAAUUUAUAAUUAAUCAAUUUUAUGCUCAUAAAAUGUAGAUAUUAUGCAUUUGAUAUAAAUGAAGAAGGAAAGACUCCUUUACAUUUAAGUUCAAAUAAAGGAUUCUCCUUAAUAACAGAAAGAUUACUUUAAUAUGGAGCUUAUGUUGAUUCUAUUGAUUAAGAUGGCAAAACUCCAUUAUAUUAUGCUAUAUAGUCUGAGUAAAAAAAUAUAGUUUUCCUUCUAUUAUAUUCUAAAGCUAAUCCAUGGUCUAUAAAUGAUUGUAAAUAUCAAAGUAGCAAUCCAGAUAUUAUGCAUUUAAUUAAGAUAUCAAGAAAAGUAAUUUAUUAUUUUAUACAUAGAUACAUUUAAUACUACUUUUGACAAAAUAUAGUGAUAGAGAUAGAUAAUGGUAAGAAUCAAGAAAAAAAUUACUAAAUUGA